AUGGCAUCGGACACGAGUUUGGGAAAGGCGAUCGAGUUAGUGACCAAGGCCACAGAAGAAGACAGAAGUAAGAACUAUCGGGAAGCCCUCAGGCUCUAUGGAAAUGCUUGCGAUUACUUCUUGCACGCUUUGAAAUGUAUGUUUUUGUCUUUAAAUUUAUUUCUUCGAUUUAUAGGUUGUUUUGCUGUUAAACAAUUAAUUGGAAAAGACAGUGCGUUUAGUUGUAAUGAGUUUUAUACGUACAGGGUGUAAAAUAAUACUAGUAUCCAAAAACUUGGCACAGAAAAUUCCGUUAUUUUGAUUUCGUAUAUUCAUUCAUUUGUAUUGUUUUGUUUUGUAGUGUGAAACGGUCUUUAUAUUGUUUCAGAUGAAACCCACAGCGAUCGUCAGCGAGAAACGAUCAGACAGCGGAUGGUCACUUAUAUGGACAGAGCCGAGAAGGUGAAGCAAUACCUUGAAGGAAAGGAAAAUGACUCAAAGCGGCCAGUAAAGGAAGAUGACGAUGGAGAUUCGGAUUCUGAUAAUGCAAACAAGAAGCUUCAGGAGAGUUUGAACAAGGCCAUCGUGGUGGAGAAACCGAAUGUCAAAUGGGAUGAUAUUGCCGGGUUGGAAGGAGCUAAGGAAGCUUUGAAGGAAGCCGUUAUAUUACCCAUCAAGUUCCCACAUUUAUUCAAGGGUAAGUGUUUUUCAACUUAUCUAUAG